AAUCGCCGAGCCCGGCGCCAUCUUGUGUGUGUGUGUGUCUAAUGGCGGUUGGUUCUUGACAGGUGGCGGAGAAGGAUUUUAGGGGAAGCGGGUUCUCCCCGAAUAGCGCAGUGUCUUUGCUACCGAACGGCAUUAUAAAUCAAGGUCUUAAUUUUGAAUAAUCCUCACAAGCAAAUCCUUUUGAACAAUGGGUUCUAAUAAACGAGUAAGUAGAACUGAACGGAAUGGCAGAUAUGGAUCUGAUCAGAUUAAAGACAGGGUUGAUCUGAGAGAUCGGCGGGAACGAAGUUUAAGAUGUGAUCGAGACUAUGAUCACCGAAGUUCUGGUGACGAUCGGCGGCGGCGACAUCAAGACCACUGGAAUUCUGAGAAUUCUGAAAUUGAUAGAUAUCAGGAGAGAAGAAACAGCGACAGAUCAGAUGGUGGUUACCAUUCUGAUGGUGACUACAGGGAUACAGACCGGAAUGACCUAAAUAAUGAGCAAGAAAGCAAAACUAUUAUGUUACGAGGACUUCCCUCAUUAUCGACAGAGGAUGAUAUUCGAACUGUUUUAGAGACUUAUGACGGGGUUCAGCCUAGAGAUGUGCGACUAAUGAGGAGCAAAAUGUCAGGUCAAAGCCGUGGUUUCGCCUUCGUGGAGUUUAAUCACUUGCAGGACGCAACAAGAUGGAUGGAAGCCAAUCAGAAAUAUCUGACUAUACAGGGGAAGUAUGUCACCAUGCAUUACAGUAAUCCACGUCCAAAGGCUUACGAAGAUUGGCUUUGUGGCAAGUGCUGCAUUUAUAAUUUCAAGAGGCGAGAAAAAUGUUUCAAGUGUGGUGCUUCAAAGUCUGAGUCAGAACAGGAUCAGCAACCUGCAAUGGAAGUUCAACCUGAUUUCUACAGUGAUACUGUCAUUUUAAGAAAUAUUAACUCUCAUACCUCUGUGGAGUCCAUCUUAAGUGCUCUAAAUCCAUAUGCUGCAUUGGCUCUCUCCAAUAUCCGACUGAUUAAGGACAAGCAGACCCAGCUGAACAGGGGCUUUGCUUUUGUGCAGCUAGCUUCUAUUGUGGAGGCAUCUCAACUUCUUCAGAUCCUGCAGUCCUUACAGCCACCACUAAGCAUUGAUGGCAAAACUAUUGGUGUUGAUUUUGCAAAGAGUGCAAGGAAGGAUCUCUUUCUUGGUGAUGGAAAUCGGAUCAAUGCAAUGACUGUUGCAAGUACAGCCAUUGCUGCAGCUCAGUGGUCAUCAAGUCAGUCUCAACAAAUUUCGGAUCCAGUGAACCAGGAUUACGGUUACCCCCCACACUCUGGUUCAGAUAACUACAAUCAGCACUAUUCGCAGUACUCGCAGGAAUACCAGUACACUCAACAAGGCUCUGUGGACCCCAGUCAACAGCCUCCUGUCACAUACCAGGCAGCAGCUACUCUCACAGGUCCUUCUGUCAGCACUUCAUCAAACACACCUGCAUCUCAGGUAUAUUCAAGUCAUGCUCAAACCUACACGCAAAAUACUCAGGUAGAUGCUGGACAGCAAAUAUCAACAAGUCCACAGAGUACAAGUUCAAAUGCUGCAUCUUCAGACUCUAAAUUCUCUGCACCUGAUGUUUCCAAUUUCCAGUAUGACGAUUCUUCGGGAUUUUACUAUGAUCAGCAGUCUGGACUCUACUAUGACCCUAAUUCUCAGUACUACUACAAUGCACAAACUCAGCAAUAUCUGUACUGGGAUGGAGAGAAGCAGAAGUACUUGCCUGCGUCAGAAUUUACUGCACAGCAGAACUCUGCUGCUAAUGCAUCUAAUAAAGAUGGCAAAGAGAAGAAAGAGAAACCAAAGAGCAAAACAGCACAACAGAUUGCCAAAGAUAUGGAACGAUGGGCCAAGAGUUUGAACAAACAGAAAGAAAAUGUCAAAACCAGCUUUCAGCCUAUUGGUACACAAAGAGAAGAUGAGAAGAAGGAGUCUGCAGCAGCAGAUGCGGGCUUUGCUUUGUUUGAGAAAAAGGCUAUGUCAGCAGAGAGGUCGCCAACAAGAAUAGAGAUGCUGAAGAGGUCUACUGAUGAAGAGGACUACACGCUGAAGAGAAAAGCAAGUCCUCCGCAAGGACUUGUGGCAGCUUACAGCGGAGAAAGUGAUACAGAAGAAGAGCAGGAAAAGACCGAGGAUGGAGAGGAGAAGCUGACAGAUUGGAAGAAAAUGGCCUGCCUUUUGUGUCGACGCCAGUUUCCAAGUAAAGAGACACUCAUCAGACACCAGCAGCUCUCAGAAUUGCACAAGCAAAAUUUGGAGAUUCACAGAAGAGCAAAGAUGAGCGAAAUGGAUCUUGAAGCUUUGGAGAAGACAGAGAGAGAGAUGAAGUACAGAGACAGGGCAGCAGAAAGGAGAGAGAAAUAUGGGAUCCCAGAGCCUCCCGAGCCCAAGAGGAAGAAGUUCUUUGCACCACUAGUUGUCAGUGAUUUUGAACAACCAACCAAAGAUGGCAUCGGUAGUGAUAAUAUUGGAAGCCGAAUGUUACAAGCCAUGGGCUGGAAAGAAGGUUCAGGACUUGGUCGAAAUCAACAAGGCAUUACUGCACCAAUCGAGGCACAGUUGCGAAUGAAAGGAGCCGGACUUGGAACACGUGGAGGCUCUUAUGGAGUCAACACUGCAGACACCUACAAAGAUGCCGUUCGAAAAGCCAUGUUUGCCAGAUUCUCGGAAAUGGAAUAAUAUUUCUUGGUGUUGUAAAUAUUGUUACUGUUUUGUUGUACCAAGGAAGAAUGCUUGUGUCAAUUUUUUUCACUUCCUGCUUUGGUUAUAUUUCUAAGUUCCAACAAAAAAAUCCGCAAUUUAGUCUUUUAAAUUAUGACCUUGUAAAACUGGAGGUUAUCAACUGCUGGUGAGCAUGACAUACGAGGGGAAGACUUGUUGCGUUAUGGAUUUUGAUACAAAAUCGGCUAAUUGUACAUUCUGUAUUAUAAUCAACUGCCUUUGUACAGAUUUUGGGAUAGUAGCUGUAAACCUGAUUAUUUUGAAUAUUUCUUUCUACUUUCUUUUCUCUUCCCUAAAUAAAUUCCUCGGUGCUAAUAAAA